CUCAAGGCGGCGAGUGCGCUCCUUUGGUCCGGCGGUCGGAUUUGGGCCGCGGAGCCGGAGAUUCAAUUCGAAUUGGAGUAACCAAGAUGCCCCAAAUCCAGCUUGAUGGGAUUAGUAUUGAUUUUCCAUAUAUUCCCUAUAAAUGCCAGGAAGAUUAUAUGUCCAAGGUGAUAGAAUGCCUACAAAAGAAAGUGAAUGGAGUUCUGGAAAGCCCUACAGGGACAGGAAAAACACUUUGUCUUUUGUGUGCUUCCCUGGCCUGGAGGCAACAUUUAAGAGACAGUAUUUCAGCAAAUAAAAUAGCCCAGAAGUUAAAUGGUGAUGAACUUUUCAAUAACAGGCCUCUGUCUUCAUGGGGAAGUGGAUCUGUAGAUGCUGACUUGGGUUAUGGUGAUAUUCCAAAGAUCAUUUAUGCCUCAAGGACUCAUUCACAGCUCACUCAGGUUAUUAGUGAGCUAAGAACUACCUCAUAUAGACCAAAGGUGUGUGUACUUGGAUCAAGAGAACAGCUCUGUAUCCAUCCUGAAGUAAUGAAACUGGAAAGCAAUCAUGCAAAGGUCCAUAUGUGUCGAGCAAAAACAUCCUCACGUACCUGCCACUUCUAUAACAAUGUUGAGGAAAAGAGUACUGAAAAAGAAUUUUCAGAGUCCAUUCUUGAUGUUGAAGAUCUUGUUAAAAGUGGCAACAAGCACAGAGUUUGUCCUUACUAUUUGUCUCGAGCGUUGAAGCAGGGUGCUGAAAUAAUCUUCAUGCCAUACAACUACUUACUUGAUCCAAAGAGUCGUAAAGCCCAUGAUUUAGACCUUCGUGGCACGAUAGUUAUUUUUGAUGAAGCACAUAAUGUGGAAAAAAUGUGUGAAGAGUGUGCUUCAUUUGACUUUACUCCUUAUGACCUUGCUUCUGGAAUUGAAGCAGUUAAUAUGAUCUUGGAGGAGGAAGCAAAGAAAUUAGAACACAUUGAAGGCAACCCAGACUUCAAUCUUGAAUCAGUCAACUCAGGGCUGAAAAUGGAUUUGAGUGACCUGGCCAAAAUAAAAAAAAUCCUUCUUGACCUAGAAAGCACGAUAGAUUCUAUUGAAUUACCACCAAAUGGAAGUGGAGUGACCAAACCAGGAAGCUUCAUCUUCGAAUUGUUUGCAAAAGCCCAAAUUACUUUCCAAAACAAGUCUGCAAUUUUAGAAGCAUUGGACCAGAUUAUGAGUGCUCUGUCAGAACGUGUUGGAAUAUUCACCAAUACAAGUGGUUUGCAGAAGUUAUCAGAUAUUCUGCAGAUUGUUUUUUGCAUAGAUCCCCCUGAAGGUGGUGUCCAAGACACAAUGGGACUGAAUGCAGCCAAACAUUACAAGGUUCACAUACACCCAGAUAACAGUGGGAACAAGAAGCAGCAGAGAACUGAUUUAUGGACUUCAUCGGUUACAAGAAAACACGGAAAAAUUUUAAGUUAUUGGUGCUUCUGCCCUGGCUACAGUAUGGCUGAGCUGGUUCGUCAGGGAAUUCGAUCCAUCAUCCUCACAAGUGGUACUCUUUCUCCACUGUCCUCUUUCACAUCAGAAAUGCAAAUUCCUUUCCCUGUAAGACUGGAAAAUCCUCAUGUAAUUGACAAACAUCAGAUAUGGAUUGGGAUUGUUCCAAGAGGCCCUGAUGGAGUCCAGUUGAGCUCUGCAUAUAACAAAAGAUUUUCACCUGAGUAUAUGUCUUCCCUAGGAAAAACAAUGAUAAAUCUAUGUAGAGUGGUGCCAAGUGGUUUGUUGGUGUUCUUUCCAUCAUAUCCAGUUAUGGAAAAAAGUCUAGAAUUUUGGAAGGAAGAGGGAAUUUCCAAUAAAAUAAAUGAGAUCAAGCCUAUCUUUGUGGAAGUAAAGGGCAAAGGAUUAUUCACAGAGGUUAUGGAUGCAUACUAUGAGAAAGUAAAUAAUCCAAAGUCAAAUGGAGCUUGUUUCUGUGCAGUGUGCAGAGGAAAGGCCAGUGAAGGUUUGGAUUUUGCUGACAUGAAUGGGCGAGGUGUGAUUAUCACUGGUUUGCCAUUUCCUCCACGAAUGGAUCCAAGAGUAAUACUGAAGAUGCAGUUCCUUGAUGAAAUGAGAAGAAAUUGUAUUGGAAGUGUUCAGUAUUUAUCUGGACAAGAAUGGUACAGGCAGCAAGCUUCACGUGCUGUCAAUCAAGCUAUUGGAAGGGUAAUUCGCCAUCGAAAUGACUAUGGAGCCAUUUUUCUGUGCGAUCACAGGUUUACAGGUACUGAAGUGAAAUCACAGUUACCGUCAUGGUUGCAGCCAUAUGUCAAAGUGUAUGAUAACUUCGGACAUAUAAUUCGAGACGUAUCUCAGUUUUUUCGUGUUGCUCAAAAAGUAAUGCCUCCACCAAAACCAAAGAUGGUGACAUGUAGUGCCCAGUGCACGGAAGUAAAUUCUACCUUGUCUUUUCCUUCUUCUGUACAAAUUCUGAAGAAAGCAAAAACUUUAGAUUCUCAUGUCCCAAGCCUCAAAAGAAAGCGUACAGGUGACCAUUCUGGGGAAGAUGGUAUGGCUAAGCUUUGCAUCGAAUAUGACAGAGACUCUGCAAGCACAAGAAGGAAACCCACAAGUCUCCUUGAUGCUUUAGAACAUAGUGAAACGAACGCUGAUGAAGGGACAUCCCUAGGUGAGAAAAAGGCAGUUAAGGUAUCAACUACGUCACUUAAACAUCCGAGUGGAGAACAGAAAGGAGGCAGAAAAAAAAUCACACUUGUGAAUAGUUAUGGCUUUGAUGUGUUACCACCAUCAGAGAAGACAAAAGCAGAAAAAGCCAAAAUUUUCAUAGUAGCUGUAAAAGAGACUCUCAGCAAGGCAAACUAUGAGCGUUUCACAGAAGCAAUGCAAAAGUACAAAAUGACUGAUGAUUUUCAUGCCAUGUUAAGUGAAAUGGCUGCUCUUUUUACAGAAGAUUCGAGGAAAAACAACCUUCUGCGAGAUUUUUAUCAGUUUGUUCGCCCACAUCACAAGAAGAUGUUUGAUGAAGCCUGCUAUAAUUUGACUGGUGAAGGUUGUGGAUUUAAACCAGAGCAUGCCAUUCCACGAGAAGAGAGGCAGAAGAGAGAACAGGAAACUGAUGCAGGUAGUGAAAAUAAGUGGAAAUUUGAGACUGCAGAUUCUGACUUGAGUAAGUUCACAUCAACAGCAAGUUCAACUCAACAGCUAAAUGCUUGCACACACCUUAACAAAGGGGGACAGCAUUUAAACUAUGGACCUCUUAGCAAAGGUGAAAUAUCUAAUAAUGAACUAACCAGUGUUGCGGGCACAUCUAAAGCAUCAGUUACAACAGCAGAGCAAAAGAAGCAACAAUUACUUGCUGCUUAUAUUAAUGAUGUUAAGAAAGUUUUAGGACCUUGUAAAUACAGCAGAUUCUCGACAACACUUCAAACGUAUAAAAGGACUGAUAACUAUGAAAACAUGGUGUCAGAAAUAGCAGCACUAUUUACAGAAAAGUGUGAGGAUUUUCAUUUACUAAGAAGAUUUUAUAUGUUUGUUAGAACACAUCACAAAACACAGUUUAACCAGAUGUGCAAAGAACUAACAGGAGCAGACUGUAAGCAGUUCUUCGAGAAGGAGCAUCAGCCUGAUAAACAAGGGGAAAUUCUGAACAAGGAUCAUCAGAAGCUCCCUAAGCAUACAGUUAUGACAGAAAAGGAGAUUGCCAGUAAUAGAGAAAAUGGUGAAGGAUCUGUUUCAACACAAUGUAAGAUUUCAGCAUUCUUUCCAAAGAGUGAGAAAUUAAAAGCAUCAAAUGUUUCAGGGACUUCAAACUCUUGGCAUUGUGUUUAUGACAGUUCAGUAAAAAGCUGUCCCCCUGAAGCUCAGGAAGUAACAACAAAAAGUAUACGGCCUCCAACAUCAAAUGAAACACUGUUGCCUUUCUCCUCUGAUGUGAAUUUGAAGUUUGGUUUCCACUGCACACAUUGUAGAAUUGAUGCAACAGUGCCAUUUAGUUGUCAGUACUGUGACUUCACCUGCUGCAUGUCCUGCUGGAAGCAGUUAUUGAAGGAGAGUAAAAUAUGCCCUCAAUGCAAAGGAACCACCACCAGAAGAUACUUGAGGCCCUCCUCCCUUUUUCUAUCUGUCGUUGGUACCAGUAUGUACUGUGACUACUGGCCGCUCACCCUCACUUUUCAGGAUAUUGUGGACAUGUUCUAAUCUCUAGAACAUUCAGAAUAUCGGAAUGGGAAUGGUUUCAUGCAAACAGGUUGGAGACUAUCCUGACACAAUGUAAGGUGUUGUUCUUCCAGCCUGAGUGUGGCCUCAUCGUGACUUCAUGCCAUCCAGUUGGAGAUUACCCACAUGGAGUGAACUUACCUUCUGUCUGUUCUCACAGAGGAUCUGUUAAGCCAAAGCCUUGCUACUCUAACUCAGACAUCUCCAACAAUGACCGCUCCGCUGAGCGAUACUUCUCUUUUAUAAGGCUGGUUUUUUAAAGCUCUUCGCCGGGCCUGCACGGGAAGGCUUCUGUUGCAUCUAUGCAGUACUUCAAUCAACAAUUCCCGUUGAAAAACUUCCUGCUUUUUAAAGCUCCUCACCAGACCUUAGUGGGAACGUUUCUGUUGCGUCUGACUCCCAUCAAAAAAAUUCCUGCGUUCUAAAGCUCUUUGCCAGACCAGCACUUAAAUGCUUCUGUUGUCUGCUCAGUACUCCAAUCAAUUUGCUACUAAAUAACUUGCUGCCAAAUUCUUUUACUGACUGUGACUUUAUUGAAACAAAAAUUGAACUGUUUGGCCAUAAUGACCAUCGUUAUGUUUGGAGGAAAAAGGGUGAGGCUUGCAAGCCGAAGAACACCAUCCCAACUGUGAAGCAUGGGGGUGGCAGCAUCAUGGUGUGGGAUGCUUUGCUGCAGGAGGGACUAGUGCACUUCACAAAAUAGAUGGCAUCAUGAGGAAGGAAAAUUAUGUGGAUAUAUUGAAGCAACAUCUCAAGAUAUCAGCCAGGAAGUCAAAGCUCAGUCGCAAAUGGGUCUUCCAAAUGGACAAUGACCCCAAGCAUACCUCCAAAGUUGUGGAAAAAUUGUUUAAGGACAACAAAAUCAAGGUAUUGGAGUGGCCAUCACAAAGGCCUAACCUCAAUCCGAUAGAAAAUUUGUGGGCAGAACUGAAAAAGCAUGUGCUAGCAAGGAGGUCUACAAACCUGACUCAGUUACACCAGUUCUGUCUGGAGGAAUGGAACAAAAUGCCAGCAACUUAUUGUGAGAAGCUUGUGGAAGGGUACCCAAAACAUUUGACCCAAGUUAAACAAUUUAAAGGCAAUGCAACCAAAUACUAACGAAAUGUAUGUAAACUUCUAACCCACUGGGAAAGUGAUGAAAGAAA